AUGAAUAUGACCGUUGACGAGGAAGAAUCAGAGGGAGAGAUUCAUGUCCCAGCUGAAAUUGAUUGGAAAAUGCUUGAUAAAUCGAAGUUUUUCUUCCUUGGUGCCGCUUUAUUCUCUGGUGUUUCAGCAACCUUGUACCCUGUUGUUGUGUUGAAAACUAGGCAACAGGUUGCUCAAUCACAAGUAUCUUGCAUCAAGACUGCUUUUUCGUUGAUUAAAGGCGAGGGAUUUAGAGCUUUGUAUCGCGGAUUUGGUACUUCGUUGAUGGGUACAAUCCCUGCUAGAGCUUUAUAUAUGGCUGCACUUGAGGUUACCAAGAGUAAUGUUGGGACUGCUACUAUUGGUUUUGGUCUUGCUGAACCAACUGCUGCUGCAAUUGCCAAUGCAGUUGCUGGUUUGACUGCUGCUUUGGCAGCACAGCUUGUGUGGACCCCAGUUGAUGUUGUGAGCCAAAGAUUGAUGGUUCAAGGUGGUUGUAAUUCGAGUGAUCCUAAGGUUUCUUCUGUUAGGUAUGUGAAUGGAAUUGAUGCAUUUCGGAAAAUCGUUAAGACGGAUGGUCCUAGGGGUUUGUAUAGAGGUUUUGGGAUAUCCGUUUUGACGUAUGCGCCUUCUAAUGCAGUGUGGUGGGCUUCAUAUUCUGUUGCACAAAGGAUGGUUUGGGGUGGAGUUGGAUAUUACUUGAGUAGCAAGAAAGGUGGGGAAGGGAAUGAUAGUAACAACGGAACUAAUGCAUUGAGGCCGGAUACGAAAACUAUUAUGGCUGUUCAAGGAGUCAGUGCAGCAAUGGCAGGAGGUAUGUCUGCCUUGAUUACUAUGCCAUUGGAUACAAUCAAGACAAGGCUGCAAGUCAUGGACGGCGAUGAGAACGGCCGCCGUGGACCAAAUGUGAUGCAGACAGUUAGAGGUUUGGUUAAGGAAGGUGGUUGGACCGCUUGUUAUAGAGGAUUAGGACCUAGAUGGGCUUCAAUGUCUGUGUCUGCAACAACAAUGAUCACAACCUAUGAGUUGCUUAAACGACUUUCGACAAAGAGUCAAGAUGUUUUGACAUGA